GAAUAGCAUAUUACAUGCUCAAUUUUUUCAACAACAACAGUUACAUUCGCAAAUAAAUUUGCAUUCAAUUUGUUCUUAUUUGGUGAAUUAGUUUUAAAAAUCUGUGUUCAAUUACGUUUUUGCAAAAUGGUUUUGAGAACAUACGAGCUUCUGAUUAUACAUCAGGUGAACACUAAGUUCGCUAGCCAGAUGGACGUCAAUGUCAAAAGACUGGAGAGGACUCUGGAGCAACAGGGUUUCCAUAUUUGGAAAGACAAGGACCCCAAGCGCUUCCAAGAAGGAGUCGACAGGAGCAAAAUUGUCAUAGCAUGUGUUUCGCGUCAGUCCGAAUUGAGUCGUGUUUUCAACGAACAACUGCAUUGCAUAAUUCGGGCGGGAAAACCAGUAGUCGUUGUUACGGUCGAGCCAGAUUACGUCAUACCUGCUCUGGGAGAGAGCGAGCAACUUAGUUUGGAGGACUUGACUGAAAAAUUGAACAAAGAACACGAAGAGUUGGAAAAUGCAAAGAAAAUUGUCGAAGUGGAAAAAACUUCCGAAGAAGAAAUUGUUACCGAAGAAGAUGAAACGCAAGAUGGCGGCCUCUACAGUAAUGUUGAAAAUGGAGAAGUUUCAAAUGACGUGUCUGAAAAUCUUCAAUCCGAAUCAAAAGUUCAACAAAAAUCGUCUGAGCAAACUGAAGGCCAAGAUGAAAAGAAUGAAGACGAAAAAGUUACAGCUGAUAAAAAUGAAGAAGACAACAACAAUAAGAAGACAGAAGAAACAGUUGAGCUCGAAAACAUUUUUGCUUAUCUGAAUCAUUUCAAAAACUUCGUUAUUUGUGGCAAGGUUGGAGCACGGACGAAUGUGAACAAAAUGAUGGAGCAUGCUAAAAGUCUGAUCCGUGAACAGUGCAAAUUGCGAAACGAGGCUGCUGGUGUGAGCAGGGAUUGCUUCUGCUGGAUCUGCAAAGAGAUCGACGAUGAAGCCACGGCAGAGAAGAGGAAAAGGCGUGAAACGGAGGCAAACCAGAAAGAUGGGGGAGACGAAAACAUAGGGGAAGGAAGGGGUGGGGACGAGAUAGAUGGGCAGAUGGACAUUGAGGAGGAGGGAGAGGGAGAGAGAGAGAUGGAGAGUUUCUUCGUGGCUGUAGGUGUGAACAGAGGAAGGGAGAGUGUUUUGUUGGCAGAUGGGAGCAACAAAGACAUCAGGGAGUUUCAUCCCGAACAGGGUUUGGUGAUGAAGUCUUCCGUUGGGGAGCUGCGAGGCAUACAAGACCUGGUUAUUCUGGAGUCCAACUUUAUUCUUGUGUCUCAAACAGCCAGACUGAUCAGUGGACAAUAUAUCAACUGGAUCUCAAUUCUGAACGAGGACAUGACAGAAAUCAAAGUGUGGGACACCCUCGAAGAAAUCACUAACCCCACCUGUAUGGCUGUCCUCCGUAACGGCGACAUCGCAAUUGUCGACGAGACGGAUUCGAUUCGACAAAACAUAUACUCACGAGUCUAUAUCGUGAGUGAAAACUCGCCACGUGUCAGGAAAUCUUUCCAAUUAAACAUGCAUCACGUGACUUCUCUCGACGCAUCACCGUUCGAUGACGUCAUAGUCGCCACCAGCUGGCGAACUCAGCAGGUGCGCAUGUUUGAUCUCAAAGGUCGACAGCUCUGGUUCCUUAUAUGGAAAGACGACUUGCUGCUCCGAGCGCCGAGUGGCAUUGCCUUCCUGUCGGCCGACGAAAUUUUGCUAUGUGACCGGGACAAGCACAGUAUCUAUUUGCUGGAAACGAAAAGUGGAAAGACGAGUUCGACACUUGAAGAAGAGUUUCAGUUCUGCACAAAACACCCUCGGCUCAUAGCUGCCGUGAACGAUCCUCAUUCAAGCCAGAGUUUUAUAGUCGUCACAGAUAACACACCAGAUCCCAAGUUCAUCAAAUUGCAAAACCAAUUGAGUUAAUUUACAUUAAAUAUCGAUCAUUUUUAAUUCUUUUUCAAACAGCGG